UCCAGCAAAGUCCAGGUUCUCUAUGGGCGGACACACCUGUUUGACUAUGAAGUGAGCAGGACGUUCAACAAUGACAUGCUCCUGGCCUUCAGCAGCAGCAGCUGCAUCACUGCCCUGGUCUACAUCCUCACCUCCUGCUCAGUGUUCCCGUCCUUCUUUGGGAUUGCCAGCAUUGGUCUUAGCUGCCUGGUGGCCCUCUUCCUGUACCACGUGGUCUUUGGUAUUCAACACUUGGGCAUCCUUAAUGGGGUGGCCACCUUCGUGAUCGUGGGCAUUGGUGUGGACGUGUUUGUGUUCAUCAACACCCACAGCCAGGCCACCCAUCUGGAAGACCCACAGCUGCGCAUGAUUCACACCAUCCAAACUGCAGGCAAGGCCACCUUCUUCACCUCCCUGACCACAGCUGCCGCCUAUGCAGUGAAUGUCUUCUCCCAGAUCCCAGCCAUCCAUGACUUCAGCCUGUUCAUGUCCCUCAUCAUGUCCUGCUGCGGGCUGGCCAUGCUUGUCACUAUGCCUGCAGCUCUGGGCCUCUGGAUCUUCUACCUGGCACCACUGGAGAGCUCCUGCCAAACCAGUCCUAAGCACGGUCACCUUUGCAGUCAGUCAGACAUGGGCUCCAAGCCCAGCCUCCUCCCUUGGGAACCGUGGAAUCCUGGGCAAGUGACUUCACUUCUCUGCAUCUGUUUCUUUUUCUUUGAAGCAGUUGUGAUCCCUGUGUGUGAGUCCCGGCUUUUCAUCUCCAUCCUCAUCCUGUCCCUGGUGUUUGUCCGCUCCACCAGCCAGGCCCCACUGCUCUUCCGCCAUACCAACAUCCAGGUGCUGCUGGACCUCAAGUACAACCUGAGCACUGAGGGCAUCUCCUGCAUCACCUGUUCAGGUCUGUUCCAGGAGAAGCCUCACAGCCUGCAGAACAACAUCCGGACAUCCCUGGAGAAGAAGAGGCGAGGCUCAGGGGUCCCCUGGGCCAGCCAGCCUGAGGCCACCCUGCAGGAUUUCCUGGGCACUGUGUACAUCUCUAAACUGAAGAGUAAAGGCCAUCCUGCUGUCUACAGGCUCUCCCUCAAUGCCAGCCUGCCUGCUCCUUGGCAAGCUGUUUUGCCUGCAGAUGGAGAGGUGCCCUCCUUCCAGGUGUAUAGAGCACCUUUUGGUAACUUCACCAGGAAGCUGACCACUUGUAUGUCUACAGUAGGGCUGCUCCAGGCAGUGAGCCCCUCUUGCAAGUAGAUGCUGACGACCUUGGCUUGUGAUGCCAAACGGGGCUGGAAGUUUGACUUCAGCUUCUACAUGGCCACCAAGGAGCAGCAGCACACCCAGAAGCUGUGCUUCACCCAGUCCCACAAGCCCGCCUUCCAUAGGCAUGUGUGCUUGACUCCCCCCAGCUGCCUGCUCAGCUCCAGCCCUGACGGGCCAACCAAAGGCUUCUUCUUCAUGUCUAGUGAGAAAGUGCCCAAGACCAGUCUCUCAGCCACCUUCAGCUUCAACCCCUGUGUGAACACAGGCUGUGCGAAGCCAGUGGUGUGGCCGCUUGUGGACACCAGGGCCAUGGUCUUUGGCAUUAUUGGCAUCAACUGCACCCGGCAGAUGGACAACCACGUCAUUGGAGACCCGGGCAGCGUUGUCUAUGACAGCAGCUUUGACCUAUUCAAGGUAAUUGGGCACCUGUGUCAUCUCUGCAAGGCCAUGGCAGCCAACUCCAGGCUGGUGAAGCCCUCAGGUGCGCCACUACCUACUCCUUUUCUUGUCUCUCCCCCAGGCUACAGCAUCUUCUCCUUCCUGCAGAUGCUGCACCCUGAGUGCAAGGAGCUGCCUGAGCCCAACCUGCUCCCGGGGCAGCUGUCCCAUGGGGCAGUGGGCGUCAGGGAAGGCCACGUGCCAUGGAUCUCCAUGGCUUUUGAGUCAACCAUGUACAAAGGCAAAUCCUCCUUCCAGAUGUACUCGGACUACCUGCACUGGGAGAGCUUCCUCCAGCUGCAGCUGCGGGCCUUCCCCGACGGCUCAGCCCUGCACAGGGGAUUCCGGACCUGUGAGCACUGGAAGCAGAUCUUCAUGGAAAUCGUAGGGGUGCGUAGCGCCCUGUGUGGCCUGGUGCUGUCCUUGCUCAUCUGCAUAGCCGUGGUGGCCGUGUUCACCACCAACAUCCUGCUCCUGCUGCCCAUGCUCCUGAGCCUCUUGGGCAUCAUGUGCCUGGUGGUGAUCAUCAUGUACUGGAGCGGCUGGGAGAUGGGCACCGUGAAAGCCAUCUCCCUGUCCACCCUUGUUGGCUCCUCUGUGGAUUACUGCGUCCACCUGGUUGAAGGCUACCUGCUGGCCAAAGAGAACCUGCCCCUCCACCAGGCCAAGGACACCCGAUCACAGCACCAGUGGUGUACACUGGAGGCCAUGCAACGUGUGGGCAUGGCCAUCAUCUCCAGUGCCCUCACCACGGUCAUUGCCACAGUGCCCCUCGUCUUCUGCCUCAUUGCCCCAUUUGCCAAGUUCAGCAAGAUCAUGGCACUCAACAUGGGCAUGUCCAUCCUUUACAUGCUGACCAUCAGCACUGCCCUGCUGGUCAUGGCACCUGGCUCCUUCACCCAGACCCAGACUUUCUUCCUCAAGGCCCUGGGUGCUGUGCUGCUGACAGGGGCCCUGGGGCUGGGCACCUGCCUCAUGCUCCUGCAGAGUGGCUAUAAAAUCCCCCUGCCCGCAGGGGCCUCCCUGUAG